AUGGCGCCUAGACUCUCGAAACUUCGUCGAAACGAGCUUCAAAGCAUUUUAUUGAGUAAACUUAACGGUGACGAGGCAAUCAAGGACCAAGAGAUAGCUAGAACCGUGAUCAACUGCGGCGAGAGAUCCGUGCGUAGAGCCCGCUCCAACAUUAUCCGACACGGAACGAUCGAUGCCCCAUCCAAGCCCGUCGGCCGACCGAGGGAGAUUACAGAGAACAUGAUGCUAGCAUUGCAAGCAAAGCUGCUAGACCGUGCUAGCAUGAGUCACCAAGCGCUGUCAGACUACCUCUUCCAGAAAUAUGGUGUUCGUGUCUCCAGAUUCACUGUCGGUCGGCUGAUCAAGCGAAUGAAAUGGUCGAGAAAAAAGAUGGCCAUCUUCGCCAAGGAGCAGAAUCCAAUACUCCGUGACGAUUACAUAUAUAGGCGAUCCCUCUUUGACCCAGAUGGAUGCCUCGAUGGCGUUCUUUACUGCGAAGUAUAUGAUGGCCAUACGGACUUGGACUUCUUCGAAGGGUAUCUCCUCAGACUGCUGCCAUACCUAGGGAGGUACCCCGGACCGCGAUCGGUGAUCUUCAUGGAUAAUGCCUCAUUCCACAACGUUUCACUCGAGGUUCAAGCCACCCUCGCCGAAGCGGGUGUUUUGCUGGUUAUGCAGCCGCCUUACUCACCCGAUUUAAACCCGGUAGAGUAUUUUUUUGGUUCACUCAAGCAGCACAUUGCCGCCCGAGCUUUAGAGCACGAGGAUCUUAUCAAAGCCGACUUCAAGUCGUAUCUGCGCAUGCAAAUAAAUAUAUUGGGUCGAGGUAAGACCGGGAGGAGAUGGGCGCGAGGUCACUUCAGAAAGGCUCAAAUCUACGUUUGA